UGACACUUUGUCAACACUGUCAAAUGUUAAAAUGUCAAAUUACGAGUAGUAAGUAUUUACGUCAGCCACGUUGGAAGUGCCAACACGGUGUUUUUAUGUGAGAUUGUGGCUUUAAGAUGAAAUUGAAAGAGUUGAAGAGGACGGUGAACGUGAGCUGGUCGCCGGCGGAGCAGUAUCCCAUCUUAUUGGCGGCCGGCUCGGCAGGGCAGCAAGUUGAUGCCUCCUUUAGCUCGAAUGCAUAUUUAGAACUGUAUGGGCUGAACUUACAGGACUCUGGACUGGAUUUAGAGCUAAAAUCUAGCCUACAGACACAGCACAAGUUUCAAAAACUAGUAUGGUCUGGAGCAAACAUUAUAGUUGGUGGAUGUGAUGGGGGAUUACUGGAGUUUUACAGUGCCGAUAAACUCUUGAAGAAUUCCAGUGAUGCAUUACUUGGCAGCAACACCAAACACAAUGGCCACGUGUCAGCACUCGACAUCAACCCGUACCAGAAGAAUCUGCUCGCGUCCGGAGCGUCUGAGUCGGAGAUCUUCAUCUGGGACCUGAACAACACCAGCCAGCCCAUGGCCCCGGGGAACAAGAGUCAGCCGCUGGAUCAUGUGCAAGGAUUAGCCUGGAAUCAACAGGUUCAACACAUCUUAGGAUCAACUUUCGCAACAAGAUGCGUCGUUUGGGAUUUGAGAAAGAACGAGCCGAUUAUGAAAUUAAGUGACUCCCAGUCGCGCACGCGGUGGAGGUCGCUGGCGUGGCACCCGUCCGUGGCCACACAGCUCUGCAUCGCGUCUGAGGAUGACCUGGUGCCCGUCAUACAAGUGUGGGACCUGAGGUUAGCAGCGUCGCCCCUGGUGACGCUGGAGGGCCACAACAAGGGCGUGAUGGCGGUGGCGUGGUGUAAGCAGGACAGCGACCUGCUGCUGUCCGCGGGCAAGGACGGCAGGGUCCUGUGCUGGAAUCCUAACGACACGAGACCGGGCGGAGAGCUCCUCCUGGAAGUGGUCCAACAACCACAAUGGAUCCUGGACGUGAGCUGGUGUCCCCGGGAGCCCACCAUACUGGCCGCCAGCUCCUUCGACCAGCAGCUGGGGCUCCACUCCCUGCUGGGGGGAUCUACACCCAGCAUGAGCACGGAGGCGCAGAGCAACAACAUCCUGGAGUCGUUCGGCGCGGCGUCGCUGCGCCAGCUGCCGGCCAUGCCGACACUGUCGCCGCGCGCGCCGCGUCCGCAGCUGCCGCGCGCGCCGCGCUGGCUGCGCGCGCCGCUCAGGGCCAGCUUCGCGUUUGGUGGCAAGUUGGUAACGUUUGAAAAUACUCCGCAAGAAGCAGGUCCACAGAAUCUAGUCUACAUUAGCCAGGUUGUAAGUGAGCCGGAAAUAGUAGAAAAAGCGGCGGAAGUGGACGCCAUUUUGAAUUCAUGUCUGAGCCAGGAUCCCAACGCUGCAGAACAACUGGCAGAAUACUGUCGAGAGCGCGGCGACGCCUGCGCGGCUCAGAGCGAGCGAUACUCGUGGUGGUUCCUGCGCGCGAGCUUGUUGCCCAGCUUCCGCGGCCACGCGCUCGACUUGCUGGGAUUCAAACAAGACGAUAUCACAUCUAAAUUCAAGAGUACAUCAGGGGACGCGACGCAACCAGAUUUAGUUGGGCUCAGUCGGGGCGAGUCCACGGAGACGGAGGCGGAACUCUCCACUGACACCAGCACUGAUCUAUCGGAUGCUCACACGUUGAUAGAAAGGAAGCUGGCCAAUUUGGAUUUGGGGCCAACCGUCACCAACGUGGUUAUUCCGAAUGGAGAAGAUCCGACCAGUUUAAUCUGCCGCGCGCUGGUCUGCGGCAAUCUGGAAGAGGCUGUGGAGUUGUGUCUAGAAGCCAAGAGGAUAGCGGAUGCACUUAUAAUUGCUUCUUUGGGCAGCCCAGACCUCCUGUACAAGGUGCAAAAGUACCACUUGAAGCAAACGGCAACCGACCCGGUCUCCCUGGUGGCGGGCAGCCUGCUGCAGUCGAAGUGGGACGCGCUGGUGUCGGCCAGCGCCGCCGCCAGCUGGCGGCACGCGCUGGCGGCGCUCGUCACUCACUGCGAGGGCGACGCUCUCUCUCACUACUGCGAAAUGCUCGGCGAUAAACUGUCGAAGGAAUCCGACCCGGCUCUGGUCGAAGCCGCCAGCAUUUGCUACUUGUGCGCUAUGAGCCCCAACGCGAUAACGUUCGGCCUCAACGGCACCAGGUGGUCAGCUGACGACCUGGCUCGGUUGACAUUUAGAGCUUUAUUGAUGAAGAGAGCGGCGCUCGCCAGAGGGCGUGAGAUACAACCCGGCGGCAAAAUUGACGCGAUUCUCGAGGAAUACGCGCUCCGCCUGGCGUCGCAAGGCUGCCUGCGCAGCGCGCUGGGCGUGCUGCGCGGCGACGGCGACCUGCGCCGGCGGCUGCGCGCCGCGCUGGAGCUGCCGCAGAACCAUGCGCCUGCACAGCCUCCGGCGCAGCGCACGCGCACGACGUCGCACCCGCGCCGCAGUGUGCCACACAACGAUGUCAACGCUUACCAACCUGUGGCCUCACCCUACGAGCCUCAGCCGUGGCAACAGGCGUCGGUCCCCGCGUCCUCUCCCUUCCCCCCUCCCCCGCAGCCGGGCGGUCUCCCACCGCAGCCGGGCUACCUCCCCCCGCAGCCCCCGCAGCCGCUGCAGCCGCCUGCCAACCCGCCGCAGCCGCCCCGGCCUGGCAGCGUUGGACCUCAGAGUGGUGGUAUCUCCUCUCGGUCUAAAUACAAAGUGGAUCCAUCAGUCCAAGCAGCUCCUCUAUACAAUCAAUACAGUUUCAACAAUCAACAGCAGUGUGGAGGCUACAACAGUCCCAUGCCAGACCAAUACAACGCCUCUAGCGUGCCAAAUCAGAUGAACCCAAUGGCCAAUCAGAUGAAUCCUAUGACCAACCCUCUAAAUCCGAUGGCCAAUCAGCUGAACCCGCUCGCACAUCCGGCUAAUCCGGUCAACCCAGCAGUAAAUGGGGGUUAUUACACUCAGCAACAAGCGGAGCCAACGCCGCCGGUGCCCAGCAAGCCGGUCCCACCCGGGUGGAAUGACCCACCUAUGCUGAGUUCUAAACCUAAGCCAAUUUUACAACAUGAGAUGUCAGCGUUGCACGCCGGGACGCGGCAGUGGGGACAUAUCAUAGAGCAUAGACGACACUGGGACGAGCCGAAACCAGAAGUGUCGUCUGCGCCGGCGCCGAUCACCCACCCUCUGUUCGGCGCGGAGCCGCCUCAACACGUGCCGCUCAACCCGGCCAUGCCGCAACAAUACCAGCAACAGUUGCCGCAACAGAUGCAGCAACAGUAUGGUUAUGAUCAGUUCGCGCCACAGUAUGGCGCUCCGCCUCAGAAUUUGACCAGACAGACGGAGAGCCCGGCACCUGCGUCUGCGCCGGGCCCGGUGCCGCAGCAGCACGCGGUCAUACAGAACGUGUUCGACGCUCUCCGCGCCGAGUGCGCCAGCAGAGCGCCCAACCCGCAAACAAAGAGGAAAUUAGAAGAUGUCCAAAGGAGGCUAGAAACAUUAUACGAUAUGUUGAGAGAAGACAGGUUAUCCGAGAGCGCGCUGAGCGUGCUGCACUCGUGCGCGGCGCACGCGCAGCGCGGCGAAGCGGCGAGCGCGGCGCAGCUCAGCGCCGCGCUCGCCGCCGGCGCGGACUUCGCGGCUGUGGCGGGCUUCCUGCCCGGCCUGCGCGUGCUGCUGCAGCUCGCCGCGCAGCUGCAGGUCUCUCUGCGAUGAGGAUACUGCUCUAAUUGUUUUGGCGCGAAGAUGGUGAUUCUAAAAAUCGAUUUCAAACAAAUAAUGUGCUUCUCGAUUUUUUGUUAUUGCAAUAUUUGUAGUAUAUUAUAUUGACGACCUCGGUGGCGCAGUGGUAAAGUUCUUACCACUGAACCGAGAGGUCCUGGGUUCGACCCCGGUCGGGUCAUCGUGAAAAUGACCUUUUUCUGAUUGGCCCGGAUCUUAGAUAUUUAUCUAUAUAUAUAUUUGUUAUAAAAUAUAGUAUCGUUGAGUUAGUAUCCCAUAACACAAGUCUCGAACUUACUUUGGGGCUAGCUCAAUCUGUGUGAGUUGUACUAAUAUAUUUAUUUAUUUAUAUUAUAAUUUUGUAAGUCUCUAAACGCGGGUCUGAAUUUCGAAUGUUGUCACCGGGACUCUACAUCCUCUGGCGACUACAGAUAGUGGGAUUGGAAAUUUUGUUUUGACAUUUUUUCGAUGAGCACUUUCCGUACUAAAUUGAUCACUGGUACGCAGAUAUCUUCUAUAAUCAGACUUGAAAAGACUGUAAUCACUCAUAUUUAGAGCGCUUUGUGACAAAUAGUUACAUCAUAAAUAAUAUAAUUAAUAUAUAAAUACAAGUAAAACCGGGCAAUAUUUCAUGUAUGACUCGAACUCAUAAUUGUGUAGAAUAUAAUGUUAUGUAGAUCAUAUUUAUUGCAAUAAUAUUUAUCACUACCUCCGCUGUCAAAUGAGAUACUAUGUAAUUAAAUAAAUUGUAUUUUAUAAAAUUACAGACUCCUAGCACAAUACAUACUUGUAACUAUAUGUAUAACUUAAAGUAAAAAAUAAUAAAAAGUUGAAAACUGAUUUGAAACGCCAACUAUAUGUUUUUGCCAUUGCAAUACCAAAUACAUACAAUGAUAAAGAUUGGUUGAUAAAAAUCCGGUGUCGCCAGCGCCUUCAUUUAUAUUCUAUUUUUGGUAUUCGUACACAUAUGUAUCUCAUAUAUUUGUCUGUCUUUCUGUCUGUAACUUCUCACAGCUAAGGUUAUGUAGAUUUUUUUGAUAACUUUUGAUAAAAAUGACAUUGAUUCAAAUCUGAGGUUUUCCGAAAAACAUUUUAAAGUCUCCGGUGACAGUUGGUAUGAGCAACAAAAGAUACUUUAUAACGCGGGCGGAGUCGCGGGUAACAGCUAGUUUUAAGUAUGCUAUGUUAUUGAGGCGCGUCAUUUCAACAUAUACAAGUUAUGUAAACGACAUAUUAUGACGUAGUGACAUAAUCCAAAUUGUAAUUAGUGUAUUUCAAAUUAUGUUAGAUGGUACAUUUUGACUUCUGUAAAUAUAUUGUGUUGUUAUGUAGUAAAUAUUUACAGCCGUUAUGUGGUAGACAAACACAGAUUUUUUAACCCCCGACUACAGAAGGAGGGUAUAAGUUUAACGUGACUGUAUGUCUGUCCGUGGCAUCGUAGCAUCCAAACGGCUGAACUGAUUUUAAUGUAUGUUCAGCAGUUUGGAAACCGGCAACUCUUUUAUAGCGGAUGAGAGGAUGCCAGAAACUUCGCAGUCGGGGGAUUUUUAAAUUUAAAUUUAUUGUUAUUAGACCCAGAAUGUUAAACGUCAUUUCACAUAUUAUUCACAUGUCAUUUAUUUGCGAACAUGUAGUGCAUAAAGAUUACAGAUAUGUAAUAUGAGUAGAUAGAUAACUUUAUUGAAAUUAUUAAUAUCUAAUGAUACUUAAUCUAUAUGGUUUUUUUUAAAUAAAAAGAGUGCCUUUUAUUUAGACGUUUAGGCGAUAAAUCUUGGAUUGAUUUACAAAAUUUUCAUUAUUGUUUUGACAUAUAAACUGGAGAUUAUUUAUGAAUAUGAUUAUAUCCAUAUGCAUUAAGGGCCCGACUCCAAUGCUCCGUCGUCCUCCGUUGCGUUGACAUCCAUCGACGGAUAAAUGCAGAAAUUGCACGAAGAUUCGACUUACGUCGAAGCACGUCAAUGUAAAACAAAGCUCUGCAUUGGAACAAUGGGGCUGGGCCAUAAGCUUGAAAUUUCGUAGAAAAUCAAGUUGUUAACUUAAAUCUGAAAAGCGAUCGUUAGAUGGCGCUAUAACAUGUGUGUAAAUAAUAACUAUAGUAUUAUGUAUACCUAACAUGAAGCAUCAACUAUUAUAGUUUUUCUGUAAAAAAGAUGUGGAAUCAUGGCUUUAUUUAUAUUUAAUAACUGAUGAACACAGCGGCGCCAUUAUUUCAAAUAAAGCUUAUGUGAAUUGGCAUUAUAUGAGAUGAUUUCUUGAUGUGAGAAACAUAAAUUAUAUUUAAAAAUAUUGGUCCCUCACGUCCAUUUUAUAUCGACCAUAUUUCCAAUAUUUUUAGAUCAUUCUCAAGAUGAGUGCGAACCGUAUUUUAAUUAUAAUUAAUUCUUAUGAUUCAUGUUAUAUUUGUACAUCAAUCCAACUAAUGAUGCGAUCAUAGAUUAACAUGUGAAGACACGUCUUAUCUAUGAAAUUAACUAUCAAAAUUGUUUUCCUAAUUCGCUCCAAAGAACAAGAAACGUUUUCCCUAACAGAACUGAUACAUAUUUAAUAUUAUGAGUACCGAUCGAGUAUCGAUUUUGAACGCUGAAUAACUAAUUAAUAUAUUAAUUACAAUGUAUUAUAGAUUUAUUAUAUUAAAAUAAUAUUUUUAGAAAUA